UCUAGCCUGACCUGCUGGAAAGCAGUUGAACAUGGCUGCGUCCUGUGCGGUUGGUUUUGGUGUUUCGUUGGCGAGAGGGCUGGUGAGAUACACAGAGGCAAGCCGGUUGCUUGCACAAUGCAGUGUCUUGCCUCAAUCCAGCAUCCAUACUACUGUCACUCUAGAAGGCAAUAAAAACUGGGAGCGAAAGAACCGCGUCCUGCAUCGGCCGCAGCUUCCUGAGGAAACACGCAGAGCAGCCGAAGUAUACCACUGUCGAAGACAAAUUAAAUACAGCAAGGACAAGAUGUGGUAUUUGGCCAAAAUGAUCAGAGGCAUGACUAUUGAGCAGGCCAUUGCACAGCUGGAGUUCAAUGACAAGAAGGGGGCGGCAAUAAUAAAAGAGGUUCUUCUAGAAGCCCAGGAGAUGGCAGUUAAAAGCCACAAUGUGGAAUACAAGUCAAAUCUGUACGUUGCCGAGUCCUUCUCUGGUAAGGGUCAGUAUCUGAAGCGAAUCCGAAUCCAUGGCAGAGGCAUGUUCGGCAUCAUGGACAAGGUGUACUGCCAUUACUUUGUGAAGCUGGUGGAGGGAAUGGCUCCCACAGAGGAGCAGAGGACUGGCUUUGAUCAGGCCAAGGAGUAUGUGCAACAGCUUCGCAAUCGAACCAUCAUCCACUCUCUGUAGCAAAGAAACACAUGGCGUCCUUCAGCAAGCCAUCACACAUCACCCUCCAGCAAGCCUUCACACAUCACCCUCCAGCAAGCCUUCACACAUCACCCUCCAGCAAGCCUUCACACAUCAUCCUCCAGCAAGCCUUCACACAUCACCCUCCAGCAAGCCAUCACACAUCACCCUCCAGCAAGCCUUCACACAUCACCCUCCAGCAAGCCUUCACACAUCACCCUCCAGCAAGCCUUCACACAUCACCCUCCAGCAAGCCAUCACACAUCACCCUCCAGCAAGCCAUCACACAUCACCCUCCAGCAAGCCAUCACACAUCACCCUCCAGCAAGCCAUCACACAUCACCCUCCAGCAAGCCAUCACACAUCACCCUCCAGCAAGCCUUCACACAUCACCCUCCGUCAAGCCUUCACACAUCACCCUCCAGCAAGCCAUCACACAUCACCCUCCAGCAAGCCUUCACACAUCACCCUCCAGCAAGCCUUCACACAUCAUCCUCCAGCAAGCCUUCACACAUGGCAUCCUCAGCAAGCAUUUUUUGUGUUAAUCUGUAAACAGUAACAUGAUAUCCAGUCCAUUUCAAAAGGCAGUCUGUGUGUUUUUGUUUGUUUUUAUUAAUAUGUCUCAGGCAGAGAUAGAUGGAUUCAAAAGAAAGUCUUACUGUUGCAGAUGGAUCAGUUAGAUAGGAAUUGAAAAACCUUUUAAUCAAACAUCAGGUGUCGUUCUCCUCAAGCUAGUGCAGUGUGUGUGUGCAUGUGUUUUUGUUCCAUACUCUGUGUAUGGAUCUCUACAUUCAUCUUCUGCCUUGAAUGUUAUACAGCUUACCAAAAUACAAUAUGAUUUGUUAAAAAAAUAAAUAAAAAAAAUGAAGGA